AUGGAAGAGUUUUCAAAGACUCGAAGCAGAAGGGAGAAAUUAUCCAAGCCUCUUCUUCCUGAAGACAUUCCCAGGAGGGCCGAAGAGGCCAGCCUGGAUGUUCACGAGAGGGAUGUCGAGGAGUUCUGCAAUAUUUUGGAUAUUCAGCCCAGGAGCGGGGUGUUUUUCUACAUCCGAAUCCCAGGCCUGAUAUUCGUGGGUGCUCUGGCCGGAUACUUGAUAGGAAAGUUCAACUUCAGUGUUGUCAAUCUGUUUUUUGUUGGAUAUGCGAUUUUCUUUGUGUAUAAUAGAAAGAUCGACAGGUUUACUCGGAGCCUCAAGUCGUUGGUGUACCAUAAUGCAAGGAAGGAAAAGGCCAGGAACAAUGGAGAGACUGUUGAGUGGCUUAACUACAUUACUAGGAAGAUGUGGGAGGUUGCAGAGCCUGUUGUUUCUGCACAGGUGUAUCAGAACGUGAACAAUGAGCUAUUAAAAGUCACACCGCCGUUCCUGAAUGGACUGAGGCUGACUGAGUUUACACUUGGAAGCCGCUCUCCGAUUGUGGAAGGAGUUUCCUACAUCAACAUGGAGGGGCAUGCACUUGCUGUGGAGAUGGAGGUUGCGUUUAUACCUCUUGAAGCAAGCAAGGAUGUUGUAAGGUAUCUUGAGGGAGACCAGAAGAACUGGAACUCGAAGAUCCAGCUGUCUGCUAGAGUCGGUACAAAGAAUGGAAUAGGGAUCAAUCUUCCGAUUCUUGUCAAGGAGCUGUUUUUCAAGGGGAAGAUUAGGAUUGCUGCGAAUCUGUUUUCAAAGAACGUGUUUGUCAAGGAUGUUGAGGUGUGCUUGAUGGACAUGCCUGAAAUUGACUUUACUCUUGUUCCUCUGAAGACGGUGGAUGUGAUGGAUGUUCCUGGGCUGAGCAAGUGGAUUAGGAGCAUUAUUGGGUCGGCGCUGUCCUCAACGAUUGUGAACCCGAAUUCGAUUGUUGUUGAUGUUGACAAGAUAUCGAAGGAUAAGGGCAAGACCAUCGGGGUGGUGUGUCUGCAGAUUCUUGAUGUUGAGAAUGAUGGGGAUGAAAGGCUGCAGGCAGAGAUCGAUGUUGAUGGCCGUGUAGGGUACCAGACAAGAUAUGUCGGAGGGCGGGGGAUUGUGUACAACGAGCACUUUUACAUUCCGAUUGAGAAUGUGGACUCGAGGAUUGGAAUAUCUCUGCGAAGUGAGUCGAAGAGCACAAGGAGAAGAAGUGGAUCGAUUUUCCUGAGGAAUCUACCGCUUGGAAAGAUCGAGGAGUUUUCAAGGAACGGAAUGUACGAUCCCCGAAGGACAUUCUUCAGCAAGGCCAGGCUGAUAAGGGAUGAGCAGACGUAUUCGUUUGCAAACACGAACAUGCAGUUCUAUCCACUGCAGGAAAGACGAAGCAACAGCGGAGUAGUGAAGAUGACGCUUGUUGGAAUCGAGGAUCUGCAAGGCAACAAGAUGUCAAAGACAUCGAUGUAUUCUACUUUCUGCACGGUAAUAGUGUCACCGAUCAACAGGGAGGAGUCGAGCAUUCCGAUUGGAUUUGUUGAGAACACGGUGAAUGUAAGUGCCUUGAUGAUGAGCGGGAUUAUCGACACAAGCGGAGGAAUGAUUUCUGGGAUUCUUCCUGGGCUUGAGACAACGAGCACAAGGCUACUACCAUCAUCAAAAAGCACGUUCUAUGUGUUUGAGUCGAAAAGGAUAUUUGCGACGAAUUCCCCGCUGUACAACGAAAGCUAUGUGUUUUUCUGCAGGGACAUACAGGUGGAUGUGGUUUCUGUGUGUGUGAUGAACGACAAGACAAACGAGGUAAUAGGCCGAGUUUCGAUUCCUGUGAAGGACAUACACUUCAACAAGAAGGAGAAGUACAAGCUGAAUGAUGCACAGAGCGGAAGGAUGGAGCUGGAGUUUUCGAUUGAUUAUGUGGACAUGAUUGACAAGGCAGCCAGGUUUAUAGACUACGAAAGGGUCAUGAAGGUUUCUGUUGACUCGAUGAGUGAGAAGGGAGUGUAUUAUGCAAUUGUUGAGACGAACACGGAUUGCUUCAGGAUGGAGACAUUCACGUCUGUUCUGCCUGUCAAGAGGGCGGUGCAUGUUCCUGUGCAGAAGCGCGACAGCAUGAAGUUCAGGCUGUACAAGGAGACAAUUAAUGGAGAUGUAUUCAUUGGAGAGGACACAAUAAGCUGCGGCGACGAAAGCAGGGUGGAGGCGCUUCUUUUUGACGACCACAUCAGUCUAACACUCAAGAUCGAGAGUGAAGAGCUUAGAGACUAUACGGGUGCGCCUGAGGAUAAGGAAGGUAUUAAGGUUGUGCAGGCCAGAUUCGGGAAGUUCCACGGAGCCAACAACCAAGAGAUGUUUAUUGAGUUCAGGAGCAAGUAUGGGGUUAUCAAGGCGUCUGGGUUCACCAGAAGCGGAGAGUUGAACGAUGUGUUUACGUUUGUGUCUGGGGCAGAGGAGAUAUAUGCGGUUGUGAAGAGUGGAAACCAGUCCUCGAAUGCAAUUGCAGGGAGGUGCAUGAUUCCGAAGAGGAUGCUUAACGAAAGGGUUGUUUUGAACGAGGCAGGGCUGUCUGUUGACAUGGAAGUGCAAAUCCAGGGGUGCUCGUACAAGCCGGAGUCCAUGCUCAAGAAGGGAUAUCUUGAGGUGUAUAUCAAGAGUGGAAGGGAUAUCUGGCCAGCAGCACAGGGCAGCUCUGUAGAUACGUACUGCAAGAUCCUGAUUAAUGAAGCAAAGGUGUACUCGACAAAGCCUGUGCGGAAGAGCACGAAUCCGGUCUUCAGUGAAUCGUUUAUUAUGGAGAUAGACAAGACGAAGGAUGUCCUUGGAAUCCAGAUAUGCGACUAUAAUGUGUCUGAGCGGAACUCGCUGCUCUGCUAUACGGAGUUUUCUCUGCACAACCUAGUCGAAGGCUUUAGCGAGAUGGAGCUUGAGAUGUUUGAUGCAAAGACGUUCCGAUUGAUAGGCUCUAGUGUUUCGAUUGGAUUCAAUUUCUGUACAGAUCACAAGAGUCUCAGCAUCAAGAAGCGAAGUGUUUUUGGCGAUCUGUUUGGAUUCUGA